AUGGAGGGAGGGGGGUCUCCCCGCGAGGGGGGGCAGGGGGCUCCAUGUGCCCCCCCACUCCUGGAGCUGUGGCGCCAGGUGCCCCCCCCCAAGAAGCCGAAGAAAGCUGUGCUCUUCUUCGAGGUGGAGAUCCUGGACGCCCGGACGCGGGAGAAGCUCUGCUUCCUCGAUAAGGUGGAGCCUCACGCCACCAUCGCCGACAUCAAGAGUCUCUUCUCCAAGGCCCAUCCCCAGUGGUACCCGGCCAGACAGUCCCUGCGCCUGGACCCCAAGGGCCGCUCGCUGAAGGACGAGGACGUUCUGCAGACCCUGCCUGUGGGCACCACUGCCACCCUCUACUUCAGGGACCUGGGCGCCCAGAUCAGCUGGGUCACCGUGUUCCUGACCGAGUACGCGGGUCCCCUCCUCAUCUACCUGCUCUUCUACAACUGCACCUACUACUGGGGCUUCGCUGCCUGGAUGGCCUAUUACAUCAACCACCCGCUGUACACCCCCCCGGCCUACGGUGACGAGCAGGUGAAGGUGGCACUGGCCGUGUUCCUGUUCUGCCAGCUGGGGAACUUCUCCAUCCACGUGGCCUUGCGGAACCUGCGCCCUGCAGGCUCCAAGACCCGCAAGAUCCCGUACCCCACCCGGAACCCCUUCACCUGGCUCUUCCUGCUGGUCUCCUGCCCCAACUACACCUACGAGGUCGGGUCCUGGAUCGGCUUCACCAUCAUGACCCAGUGUCUGCCCGUGGCCCUGUUCUCCCUGGUGGGCUUCGUGCAGAUGGCGAUUUGGGCGCAGGGGAAGCACCGGAGUUACCUGCGCGAGUUCCGUGACUACCCCCCCCUGCGCUCCCCCAUCAUCCCCUUCCUGCUGUGA